AGCUGCGGUUGUCCCCGGCACAGACCUCCCUCCGCCCGGAAGGGCCCGGGCGAGUCGCGAGACUAGCCUCGACGGCGCCCGCAAAGAGGAGGAGGCUAGGCCCGUGACCACCUUCCCCGCGGCAGCUUUCGUUCCUAACGGUCGAGUACGCGGAGGGGAGGUGGCUUGUGGCGGUGGUGAAGACCUCAUUGUCAGCGGGUUGAUGGAAUUAGCUUGGGAUCACAACACCGCUCUUUACUUGAUGGACUUCAGUUUUUCCAGCCGUCCGAUGGAAAUAAUAAUGCACUUAGCUCACAGGGUUGUGAUUGAAUUUUUCCCAUCCUAGAACCAUGGCUGAAGUGCACGUGAUCGGGCAGAUCAUAGGGGCCACCGGUUUCUCAGAAAGCAGCCUCUUCUGCAAGUGGGGCAUCCACACAGGGGCUGCAUGGAAGCUCUUGUCAGGUGUGCGGGAGGGCCAGACGCAGGUAGACACGCCUCAGAUAGGGGAUAUGGCUUACUGGUCCCACCCCAUUGACCUGCACUUUGCCACCAAAGGUCUCCAAGGUUGGCCUCGACUCCAUCUCCAGGUGUGGUCCCAGGACAGCUUUGGCCGCUGCCAGCUUGCUGGCUAUGGCUUUUGCCAUGUGCCUAGCAGCCCAGGCACCCACCAGCUGGACUGCCCUACAUGGAGGCCCCUGGGCAGUUGGCGGGAACAGCUGGCGCGGGCCUUCGUGGGUGGUGGGCCACAGCUGCUGCACGCGGACACCAUCUACAGUGGGGCCGACCGCUAUCGCCUGCACACGGCCGCGGGUGGCACGGUGCACCUUGCUAUCGGCCUGCUGUUACGCCACUUUGAUCGCUAUGGUGUGGAGUGUUGAGGGACUUCACGGCCACCACGGCCACUAGUCACAGUAUGGCACGGCGAUCAAAAACAUGGACUAUGGAUACUGCCAGUCUUGACCUCGGCCAAGUCAGGGCCUCUCUGUCCCACCUAGGACUGCAAGGCCAGGAUCUUCCCUGAGGCCCAUGCUCCACUGAAUUACUGGCUAGUAAGUUUAUGGGUUACAGGGACUCAAGAACUGGCUGUUGGGCUUGUGGGAGGCACUUAAUAAAAGUUCGCUGUUUUCCUGGA